UUCGGUUUGAGGCUCGAAACUAGCAAGAUGGCUGCUAUUGAAUCGAGCAUGUAUAGAGUGGUCGGUGUUCUGCGCUGGCGUUGGUACGUGUGUGAGAAGGGUACGUUCAGUUUUGCCGAAAAUAUGCAGUAUUCGCGAAACCUCAAUGUGUGUUAGGUUAAAAAUUUGACAUGUGCACAAAAAAAAGUGUUUUAAAUAUAAAAGAAAUGAUAAUAUUCGAGUAUUAUUCGCGCGAAUAUUGAGCUGUCGCUCGAAUGCGCAUUACGUAUUACCGCCGCAAGUAUAGAAUCGGUUAACAGUGAAUCUUGUAUCAAGUUCAUAGUACAAAGCACGUGGUGUUAAACCGUUUUUGAUUUAUCUUAUCAAGUAACAGUGAAUUGCUGGGAUAAUUUUUUAAUUGAAAAAGGAUUUAAAGAAGUUCUCUUUAUAAUUGAUUAUCUUAACAAAUCAUUAUUAAUCCACAUCAUAUCGACUUCCAUUAAAAUACUGGAGGUACAGUAUCUUGGGAAUAAAGGUGACCUGAUAACGAUUCAUCAUGAUCGUGGACGAGAAAUCUGAAAUGGAAAGCUUCUGGACCAUCAGCGCGAUCAACGCGCUCAAGGCGCUUUCCUAUGUGUACGACCUGCUAACGUUUCCAAUGUAUCUCAUACUCCAGCGACCAUGGAAAAGGAGAAAGGCUUCCCGAAGGAUUAAAGCUCGACCUAUUGCGAAAGAUGAUAAGAGUAUUACUUAUAGGAGUGUUGAUGAACCACAAGAAAUACACAUCAUGCUUGAACGAGAAAAUAUCGAUACACUUGACAAAAUAAUGCUUUGGAUUACUAAGGAGCAUAAAGGAAAAAGAUGUGUUGGUACAAGGCAGAUACUUGCUGAGGAAGAUGAGAUUCAACCUAGUGGUAGAAUAUUUAAAAAGUACAAAAUGGGAGAAUAUAAAUGGAAAACUUAUUUGGAAGUUGAAAUGCUUAUGACUUCCUUUGGUCGAGGUUUAAAAGAACUUGGUCUUACGACGACUAAGAAUAUCGUCAUCUUUGCCGAAACUAGAGAGGAAUGGAUGAUUGCAGCUUAUGGUUGCUUCAAGCAGAAUUUAGUUGUAGUAACUUUAUACGCGACUCUAGGUGAAGAGGCCAUUGCUCAUGGAAUUAAUGAAACGGAAGUCGAUAUCGUGAUAACCAGUCAUGAUUUGUUGCCAAAGUUCAAAUCGCUCCUUAAAAUAUUACCUAAGGUUAAAACGAUUGUUUACAUGGAAGAUCAACUAAAACCUACUGAUACAAAGGGUUAUAAGGAUGGUGUUAAGCUUAUACCAUUUUCUGAUGUGAUAAAAAAGGGUAACAUUUCCAAUGCACAAUUAUUAUCACCACAAAGCGAGGAUACUGCAAUUAUAAUGUAUACAUCUGGAUCAACCGGAAUACCAAAAGGUGUACUUCUAUCACACAAAAAUGUGAUUUCUGUAAUGAAAACGUUUUGUGAUAUCGUCGAAAUUAAACCAGACGAUGUAUUCCUUGCAUUCUUACCUUUGGCUCAUGUUUUCGAACUUCUUGCUGAGAGUGUGUGCUUAUUAUCUGGAGUACCUAUCGGCUAUAGUUCGCCUCUUACUAUGAUUGAUUCAAGUAGCAAAAUUCAAAAAGGAUCCAAAGGGGAUGCAUCGGUUCUUCGCCCAACUUGUGUAACUUCUGUACCUCUUAUUCUGGAUCGUAUUUCCAAAGGUAUUAAUGAAAAAGUAAUGAAAUCGGGAUUUCUAAGUCGAGCAAUUUUCAAAUUUGCGUAUAACUACAAAUUGAAAUGGUAUAAACGUGGUUAUGAUACUCCUUUUUUGGAUAAAUAUGUUUUUGGAGCUGCAAGACAAGUUCUGGGUGGAAAGGUUCGGCUUAUUCUUUGUGGUGGUGCUCCUUUGACUCCAGAUACCCAGACUCAAAUUAAAAUUUGUCUUUGUGUUACCUUGACUCAAGGAUAUGGCCUUACCGAAAGUACUUCUUGUGCUACAGUUAUGGAUAAAGAUGAUACGAGUAUCGGAAGAGUAGGAGGACCAACCACAAUUUGUGAUAUUCGUUUAGUAAAUUGGGAGGAUGCUGGUUAUAGAGUUACAGAUGUUCCAUAUCCUAGAGGAGAAAUCGUAAUUGGGGGUGAAAAUAUUUCAGCUGGUUACUAUAAGUUACCAGAUAAAACAAAAGAAGACUUUUUUCAAGAAGAUGGGAAACGAUGGUUCAGAACUGGUGAUAUUGGAGAAAUUCAUGAAGAUGGUUGCAUAAAGAUUAUAGAUCGAAAAAAGGAUUUAGUUAAAUUACAAUUUGGUGAAUAUGUUUCUUUGGGCAAAAUCGAAGCAGAAUUAAAAACAUGUCCUAUCGUAGAAAAUAUUUGUGUUUAUGGAGACUCGUAUAAAACUUUCACAGUAGCGCUAAUAGUGCCCAAUGCAUUCUAUUUAGAACAAAUUGCUAAGAAUUUAGGAAUUACUGGAAAAAGUUUUGAGGAACUUUGCAAUGAUUCAGAAAUUGAAAAAGCAGUAUUACAGGAAUUGAUUGAACAAGCUAAAAAAUGUAAACUCCAAAGAUACGAAAUACCAGCUGCUAUAAAACUCUGUUCAGAACAAUGGUCACCUGACAUGGGAUUGGUAACUGCUGCAUUUAAGCUUAAAAGAAAAGCAGUCCAAGAGCGUUAUCAACACGAAAUCAACAGAAUGUAUGCCUCGUGAUAAAAAGAGAUAUAAAAUGUGUAAAGUAAAAAAAUAGGUGAAGUGAUGUCGAGCUUUUCGAUUUAGCAAAACUUCGAUAACUUUCGCAUGAAUUUUGCAGAACGUGAUCGAAUGUUAAUUAAAAACUUACUUCAGAUUUGGAAUCGUGUAUUUUCUCUGUUCUAUUUAUCGAAAAAGAUAUCGAUUUCUAAAAAUCUACUUAUAUCGUUAAACGUAUAUAAAAAAUUAAUCUAUAAGGAAUUCUUUCUGCUCGAAAAUAUUUUAUUAGUCAGUUUAAUUUUUCGUUUGAAGACAAGAAAUGAUUUUGAUCUUCAGCAAUGCCAGUAUAUAAAGUAUGUCUUGUAACAUAAUUGUUGUUGUAUGUAAUGCAAGAUAUGAGUGAUAACAAACAAAUGGAAGAAAUCGAGACUUUUUUUAAUUUCAUCUUAAUAAUAUAUUCAUUCCUUGUAACAUUUGACAAAUUUUGUGAGAAUUAAUUGUUAGGUAGUAGGUAUAUUAAUUUUAUAAAUUUAUAACUCGUACGGUGUACUUAUCUCAAGUAUUACUUGAAAUCGACGAGUUUAAAUUAUUAUCGAAGUUUAAAUUAUCAAGUUGGUAUUAUAAAAUUAUAACAUUAAUGGUUGCUUUGUUUUACAUAUUAAGGUAUAUAUGUGUACAUAUAGAAAAAUCAAGUAAUGAUUCGUCCGCUUUUACUUAUUCUUAAUACUAAAGAGCGAGACAUUUUAGAUUUACUUGAGUAUUCUUAUAUUGAACUUCUAUUUAGUUAGAACGUUCUUCGUCCAAUAAUUGUACAAUAUUUGUCAAUAAUGUUCUUAUCUACUGUUUUAAAUUAUUAUUGCGUCAAAAAACUUUUUUUUCAUCAGGAUACUACACGUGUGCAUGUGCUGAUGCGUAUGUGUAUCCAUUGUUGUGUGUUUGUAUGCAUACAUGAAUGAGAAAAUUAUUGUAUGUGAGCUUAUAAUAAAAAAAAAAAAAAAAGAAAAAAAAAAGAAAAAGAAAAAAA